CUUUCACCACUCAUCAGUCUAGUCUUUGCCAUUCACACACUCCACGUCCUACUCACUCAAGCAAACAGACACCAUGGGCGCAUUACGCAGCUUUCCUCUCCUCCUCCUCUUCCUCUGUGUGUUCACAAUCUCCGCCGGAGCACACAAUAUCACCGCCAUUCUCGCAGGCUUCCCGGAGUACUCUCAGUACAGCAGUUUUCUUUCCCAAACGAAACUAGACGGUGAAAUCAACAGUCGUCAAACAAUCACUGUCCUCGUUCUCAGCAACGGCGUCAUGUCCGAUCUUGCAGCCAAACACCCCCUCUCCGUCAUCAAAAACGCACUCAGUCUUCACGUUUUGCUCGACUACUAUGACCCAACCAAGCUCCACCAGAUCUCCAAGGGCACCACACUCAGCACAACUCUUUACCAAACUACCGGAAAUGCCCCUGGCAAUCUCGGCUUCGUCAACAUUACUGAUCUCCAAGGCGGCAAAGUCGGCUUCGGCUCCGCGGCUCCAGGAUCUAAGCUUGCCUCAUCCUACACUAAAUCUGUCAAACAGAUCCCGUACAAUAUUUCUAUCCUCGAAAUCAGCCAGCCGAUUAUCGCGCCGGGUAUCUUAACUGCUCCUGCUCCGUCGGCGGACGUUAACAUAACGGCGUUGCUUGAGAAAGCUGGGUGCAAGACUUUUGCUAACUUGCUUGUCUCGAGUGGCGUGAUUAAAGUUUACCAGUCGGCCGCUGAGAAGGGCUUGACCAUCUUUGCUCCUAACGACGAGGCGUUUAAGGCCAAGGGCGUCCCUGAUCUGAGUAAGCUCACGAAUGCUGAAGUAGUCUCGCUAUUGCAGUACCACGCCUCUGAUAAGUACAAUCCGAUUGGGGCUUUGAAGACUAUCAAGGAUCCGGUUACGACAUUGGCUAGUAGCGGGGCCGGGAAGUAUGAUCUGUCCGUGACUACAUCCGGCGAUGAGGUUACUCUCCAUACUGGAAUCGGUCCGUCCAGAAUCGCCGACACAGUCCUCGACUCAACACCUCUCGCCAUCUUCACUGUCGACAGCGUUCUCCUACCAGUUGAGUUGUUUGGGAAGGCUCCAUCGCCAGCACCGGGACUGGAGCCAGUGAUGGCUCCCUCUCCAACACCUAUUUUGGCUCCAGGUCCUGCUCCCGUUGAGGCUCCUUCACCUCUGACAGCAUCGCCGCCUGCUCCGCCAACAGAUACGCCGGAAGGAGCACCAGCUGGCGGCCCGACCGUUUCGGAGAACCAGAAUGCGGACAAUGCGGCAGUUCACGUGGGCGCUUCAGCUUUGUUCACAGUCUCGGUUACCGUUUCUGCAACUGUCUUUUCUUUUCUGUUGUCCUGAAUCGUAAUUAUCCAGCUCUGCUAAUUUAUUUGUUCUUUUCCGAUUUUUUUCUCUCUUUGCUUUUAAAUUUUUGAGUUAUUACUUAUUUAGUUGUUUUACAUCGUUUGUUACUGAAACGGAGUUUUAUUUUUAUUGAUAUAUCUGAUUCUUGUUUUUUUCUUUUUGGUUUUUAAAAUUAUUUAAUGUGUAGAGUUGA